AUGGUUGCACUUGAAAUCUUCUCAAAGGCCUUCAUCUAUUGUUUGAUAGAUGGUGGAUUGAAAGAGAGAGACAUAAUUACAAAAGAGGAUGUUGUAACUGCAGUGGCUGGCAUAUCCCCACCAGCACGUUGCAACUGCAGUGGGAAGUCAAAUGGUACGAGUUGUAGCCAAUAUAGUGGCUUAAUAUUGCAGCAUGUGAAGAACACCUUGCCACCAGAUUUCUAUAUCGGUACAGAUAACUAUGGAAAGAGCGCACUGCAGAUCUUUACAGAAACAAAUGGACAACUCCUUGACAAAAGCAAAGAAUGGCUCAACAACACAUGCAAUUCUUGUUCUUUCCUUGCAGCUCUGAUAUCAACCGUCGCUUUUGCCUCAUCAGCCACCGUACCAGGCGGGGUCCACCAAGAUACUGGCGAGCCAAUUUUCCAACACCAUUUAGCUUUUAGAUUUUUUGCAAUGUCAUCACCGGUUGCUCCUUUCUCGUCUUUCAUCUGCUUGCUCAUUUUCUUUGCCAUUCUCAGUUCCUGGUACGACUAUAAAGACUUUAGUAACAACUUGCCUUGGAAUCUUAUACUAGGUUUAACCUCUCUCUUUGUAUCCAUGGCGGCCAUGUUAUUAUGUUUCUACUCUGGGUACUUCUUAAUGCUUGAUGAUCAUUUGAAAUAUGCUGCUAUCCUGGUAUAUGUGCUCACCUUCUUCAUGGUCACGUACUUUGUCCUCCAACAGUUCCCAUCAUAUUUUGUUCUCCUGAAGGGUACAUUUAAGAAGGUGUCUGAGCGUAUAUACCAGCACGAUUCAUUGUAG